AUGGCUGCGCUGGCAGAGCGGGUCCGUGAGGCCCUUCACAUCGGCGCCUUUGAGCCAACGUCCCUUGAGGCUGAGCACCGCAUGCUGUCGGACUCUGAUGACUACGCGGCCCACCUCAAGCGCCUGGAGAGGGCCGCCCGCCAGUUUCAGAAGGACGUUGGGGGCUUCCUGGACGGCACCGGCAAGUUCCUGACCGGCGCGCCCUUCCCCCGCCUCUGGAUCCAGACCAGCUCCACGCAGGCCGCGGAGCCCCAGCGCCCGUCAGUGCCGGAGCGGCACGCGCACCUGUUCACCGCUGAAAUGCACACGCGCCUGGCUGAGGCUGUCCCUGCCACACUGGCUGCCGCCAUAGAGUCAGACCUGGUCAAGCCCCUGUCAGCCUGGAUCACAGCCCACGACAGCGCAAAAGAACGCAUGAGGCACCUGGAGGGGCGGCGCCUGGAGUACGACGCGGCACGCCGCAGGCUGGAGGCCGCCGCAGACAAGGCCGCCACUGCGGAGGCUGGUGGCGCGCGCGACCCCGCGGGCGCGGAGCGGCGCCUGGGGCGUACUGAGGGCGAGGUCGAGCCGCUGAUGGUAGAGUUUGAGGCGGAGAGGGCAGCGCUGGCCGAGCACCUCACAUGGAUGGUCACCGCUGCUGCGCGCCUCAAGGCGUACGUGGCUGACACUGCCAUUGCCAUGCGCAACGCUGCCACCAGCUACACUGUCCCUGAGGGGCUACUGGAGCCGUACCCAGAGACUGCCAGGGGUGAACAGGUGGCAGGCGCGCCGCAGGGCCCGUCUCAGCAGUCUGCUGCCACUCAUACGGCUGGCGAGGCCGCCCCCGUGAAUGUACACACCGACAUUCCCGAGACGGUGCAGCUCGAGGGGGGCGUCAAGCCCCAGGGGCGCGGCGUAGGGGGUUUGCUGGCCGACACGUUCAAGAGCGCCGUCGGCCUCCCGACCGGCCCUGGCGGCUCGGUGCGCCCCCAUGUAGAGAAGGAGGCGGCGCAGGCGCCGGCUACAGGCGGCGCCGAGGGUGUGAGCGGCGCGGCGCUCGACGCCAGCGCCGUGGCCCCGACUGAGGUGGUUGUGGCGGAGUCUGUGGUGCACAUGGUGGAGCCGCCCGUGACAGAGGCGGUGCUGCAUGUGGUGGAUGUACCGCCAGCCCAGGGGGCAAGGGCAGAGGGAGCGCCGCGCGGCGGGAGCGCCGGUGUGUAUGAGGGGGAGGACGCCCCCUACGUGGAGGACGUGCGCGAUCCGCGCCCCUACGCCAGCGAUGAGCCCGGCGGCCCCGUCAGCCCCCGGCGCGAGUGCCGCAUGCCUGACACGGCCGCACACGGGCUGGGCCUGCGCGGCCGCGCGCUCAGCCGGGACCUGCCCCCUGAUGCUGGUGGCGCGGACCAGGAGCCUGAGCCCGCGAUCGAGGAUGCCGAGGCCAAGCAGCUGUCGGCGGUGGUGGCGCCCGGCAGCCCCUUGGCAGCGGGGCUCGCAGGCAAGGCGGCGCAGGCGGGUGCUGAGGGGGAGCCUGCGGGCGGCGAUGACGUCGUGCGCGGCGACACCACGCGCAGCGGCGGUGGUGGGCUGAUGGGGGCCAUCAAGGCCGCCACCAUGGGCGCUGUCAAGGGGAUAACGGGACAGGGGGAGGGCGCACGCGGAGAGGCGGCCGCGGCGCCGUCUGGCGACGGCGAGGGCAAAGAUGGACUGUUCUCACCCACGGCUCAGCUGGGCUCCACAUCAUGA